GAUUUAAUACGUAGAAGGCCGUCACGGUCACCGCCGUCGCCACCACAAGGCAUGAGACCAUGUGAGUCUCCCUCUCCCUCCCUCUUCUCCCUUAUUAUCGCCAUACCCCACCGGAGCGCAGACGCUAAAAUGCGCAGGGUUCUCUCUUCUCCCUCCCAUCCUUUUCUUCGUCCUACCCUCUUGUCUAGGUUUUCUCUCUAGCUUCAUUUCCUCUUUCCAACCAAUCCAUGGCCACGAGGGUUUGGCAAACGGGAAUCCUUCUUUUACUGGUUUUUGGGAGGGUCACCUGCGUUGAGGUUGAGCCCCUUAGAGUUCCAUCGUCUUCGUCGUCUGCCGUUUGUCCCGUGGCUUCCUUUGCGGACUUGAUCUUGCAGUUUCAAGAUUUGUGUUGGGAUCCGGAUUGGCUCUCCAAUGGAGGUUUUGGUGGGAAUUUCGUCAGUGUUACGGAGGGAGAUGAGGUUUCAUUACAAAAGGCACUGAAUCUUGUUCAUAGAAACAGCCACGAGUAUGUAUCCAUGCUUUUCUAUGCAUCUUGGUGCCCAUUCUCGAGAACUUGUAGACCAACCUUUACUGUUCUGUCUUCCUUGUAUCCUUCCAUCCGCCAUUUUGCUGUGGAAGAAUCUGCAAUCAGACCAAGCAUUUUGUCAAGGUAUGGAGUUCAUGGAUUUCCAACCCUUUUUCUCCUCAAUUCCACCAUGCGGGUGCGUUACCAUGGCUCGAGGACCCUCAGUUCACUUGUUGCUUUCUACACUGAUGUUACAGGCAUCAAGCCCGCAUCACUAGUUAAAAUGUCUGGAGAGAAAAGUGGAGACCCAUCAAAUCUUGCUAAACUUGAAGACUCUGAGCAAGAAAGCUGCCCUUUCUCAUGGGCAAGAUCUCCAGAGAACAUGCUUCGGCAGGAAACUUAUUUGGCUCUGGCUACAACAUUUGUGCUUCUGAGGUUUCUGUAUUUCAUAUAUCCAACACUGGUGGCAUGUGCUCAGUACAUCUGGAGAAGGCACGUCCAGGAUGCAAACUUGGUUAGCUUAUGGAAGCUUCCUCUUGUUUACCUUAAUCAAGCAGUGCAGGUAUCUAAUGUGCUGAAGGAGCCUUGCAAGAGAAGAAAUUUGCAGGGAGGAGCAAUCAAUGCCAGGGUGUGGGCUUCCAAAUCACUUGCCUCAGUUUCCAUUGGUGAUGCAAGCUCUAGCAGGGGAUACUCUGGAAAUGAAAGGUCAUGAGGAUGAGGUUCCCCUGGCUUCUGACAGUAGAACAAAAUGUUGGAGAUUUAUACAUAUGGCUUUUGCCUGGCAGCAUUUGCAAUAUUGGUGGAGCUAUCUUGUUCCAGGGUGGAAACUCUCAUUGGGUUUAAGUUGGGAUUGGUCUCUGUCUGGGUCCUUGUGACGGGGAAUGUCCUGUGUAUCAGUCAGUUGUAGUGACUCAGUUUCUUAAGUCUGUUUAUAUAAUUCUAGUUACCAUUAUGAGUAGAGGGUACAUGGAAGCUCUUUGCUUUCA